AUGUUUAUGUUUUCUGUGGAGUAGGCUCGUGAGUGCAUGCUGGGUGCGUCCCCAUUCCCUUCACUGGUUAUUAUUGGCGCCGCGAGCCAGGCCUAUCACAUGUACACUGCGGCAGGCUGCUCUCCAGGUGGUCCCAAGGCAGGCCCAGACUGCAGCAGUGAUGGGAGCGAGGCCACAGUGCUAGGCCGCGGCUCCUGAGGUGAGGCGGGCGGCAUUUCCGUCACUCUGAUAAGGGUGGAGUGCUGUAACUGUCAAUACCACCCACCACAACUACCACCACCAUCCCAACCCCUGUGACCACCACCAUGAAGUCUCCCGUAUCCAGUGCAGACAUCACCAAGGCCUGGGUGGAGUUCAUGCUGACAGACUAUGAGAGCAGGAAGACUCCACACACCACUGUUGCUGUCAAGACAUUCACUGUCAGGAAUGCCACCAAGCCUGGAGAAAGCUUCAAUGCUGAGCUCAUGCUUUUGGAUGUGACAGCUGAGUUGAGUAAUGGCAGCAGCACUGACCAGGCUGUUGAUGCCACACAGGAUAAGGAAUACCAUCUUGUCGUCAAGUUCCUGACCAAAGACCCGAUGACCAAGGAGGUGAUCAAACGGUGUGGGUACCACAUAAAGGAGCUCAAAAUGUACUCAGAAGUGGUGAAAGAACUAAAUGACUUCCAAGCCGAGCAUGCCAAUGACAAGUACCGUCUCUUCCUGCCAGAGUUCAUCUAUGGUAAGUGUACAGAAAAGGAAUAUGUGCUUGUGAUGGAGAAUGUCAAAGUUCUGGGCUAUGAGACCAACCCCAAGGAGGAGGGUCUGGACUUUGAGCAUGCCAUGGUGGCAGUGGACCAUGUGGCUCGCCUUCACGCUGUCUCCUACUCCUAUGACAAGACACAUAACUUCCUGGAGAAGUUCCCUUGCUUCCAGUUUAGUACUGCCAUCAGCACAUUCUUCAAGCCAGUUGUGUGGGCAUCACUGGCCAACCUUAUCACCUUCCUCAAGAGCAAAAAGACCUACGAGGACAUGGUACACAAGCUGGAGGCUGGUCGCACCACCCUGCCCAGCAAGUUUGCUGCACUCUGGGAUGACCAGAGCCGCCAUCGGUUUCUCUCUCUCACCCAUGGAGAUUUCUGGAACAGUAACCUCAUGUACCACCACAACAGUAGUAGCAGUAGUGGCAGCAAUGAUAUUGAAUCCCUUAAACUGAUAGAUUGGCAAAUUGCCCAGUGGAACAACCCAGUAUUUGAUUUGCACUACCUCCUCAACACCUCUACCUCCUUUGCCAUGCGUCGGGACCAUGCAGAGGAGAUCCUACGGCACUACCACACCAUCUUCACCACAGCCACUGCCACCAUGGGCACACCUGUACCAAACUGGAACUAUGAGCAAUUUAAGGCAGAGUUUGAGCGCACUUCAUUAGUGGGCUUCCUAAUGGGCAUGUGCCUCAUCCAAGGCACACUUAGCAAGGCUGGAGAGAACAUCAAUCGGGGUGGCUCAGCAUGCUGUCCCUCCUCCUGCUGGUUGACUGAUACUGUAAAGACUGGUUUUGCCAAGAUGGUGGUGUCACUGGCAUUCAAGCCUUCGUCAUCAUACAUCAUGCGUGCCAGCAUAGGGAAGGUUCUGAGCCCCAUUGGGCGGGAACUGGUCGAAGGCAGCAACGAGGUGCUUAACAGCAGACUCCUUGACUUGCUGAUGGAGGCUGAUGAGAAGGGUGUACUGGAUGUGCUGAGUCUGUAGUACCUCCCAAGGCUGGGCCACAGGUAAUGCAGACAGGGCCGGGUGUGAUGCAGGCACGUCAAGGCUGCAUGGGUGACAAGGUAGGCUUAGAGGUUUAUAGGCACAACAGGUCGGGUCAGGCAGCCUCCCACUGGCCUCUGCUUCCACUUCAGGCAUUGACUCUCUCCACAUAGAAUAAUAUUAAUUCUAAUAACACAAGUUCAAGUAAAACUGUUAUAAUGGAAAGAUGACUAUUUUUAUACAUUUUAACAAUCAAAUGAGCCUUCAAAGAAGAAUAUAAGGCAUUGUGUAGAGCUUUGUAAGAUAGUUCAUCUCAUUGUCUUAGUGUUCAUCUGUUCCUUUAUUGUCUUGGCUGUUUCUCGCCCUGAGUCCUUCGAGUAAUACUCAAGAGUUACUGUUCAAAGAGGUAUAUUUUUAUCACGGAAAUCACUCAUUUGAAUAGAGAGUAUUUUUGCUAAGAAAUUGAAAUGAAUUAUGAUAUAUUUAGUAAAGGAGUAAUGCAUCUGAUAAGCUGAUCAAAUUAAUAGUAUUAGUAAUACUACUACAUAGUAAUAAUUAAAACUUGCUGAAGUUCCUUAUUUGGUAAUGUGAACUUCUAUGACAACUAGGUUUAAGAGUACCAUAACCUGCAGCCUUGCAAGGCCUGUUUUAGAGAAGAAAGACAUUGUGCUUCAUAUGCUUUCUAAUUUCUACUUUGUCCUUUAUACUGUGGUUCCUAGUUGUUAAUUUCUUUUAUAACUUUAUCUAGAUAAUGUAUUUUAUGUAGCAAUAAUUUUUUUUAUUCAGCCUCUGAAGCUGUUGUGGUGCUUUUAUAGCUACUGUAUCUUGGUGCAGAGUGAUUUGAGUCAUUCCGUGCCAGGAGUGGCACUCAUCCCCAGGGUGGGUAGUGAACAGUGUGCUGGUGGUGGUUAGGUCACUCAGCACCAGUGGUGGUACAUCGGGUACUCGUUAUUUGUCGCUCCAUAAUUCGUGUAUUUACUUUUAUUGGCAAUAUUUUGUGGAGGAAAAUGAAAAACUUCCCCGUUCUUUCAUCAUCACAAAAUAUUUUUAAAUCGGGUGUGCUGAGGACAUCAUGGAGUCCACACAACAACAGUCUUAGCACCGUAUUUGCUGGCAUUAAAGAUGCACCCCAUUUUCAGGUGCUAUAAUUUGAGGGAAACAAGUAUAAUAAUAAUAUCCAGACCUUUACCAAUUUUUCCUAGAUUUUUUUAUUAUUAUUAUUGUUGCAUGAUGCAGUACAUGUCUACGAAUUACUACUGGAACAGCACCAUAUUUUGAUAUAUAUACUAUAUAAUACACACAUAUAGUAUGCUGUAACAACAGCUCCAUGUGGAAGGUGAGCAGUUCACUCUUGAGAUUUGUGUGUCUUCGACGCCAGGAAAUACAGUAUAGUAUAUGCAGCUAUCCCACCCCCAGUCUUGGUUCCAAGUUUUGUGGUAAUAUGUUCUAUUUUAGCACCAACUGAUUACUGUUCAUUAGGUAACAGUGGGGUUGUUAGUUCAUAACCAGAUACCGGGACUCAAGAUGGCCAAACGAUCUAUGCCACAGUGUCGGCGAUGCAUCUUGGCAGCCAUAAGACAGUGCCAUUUCUGCAAAAAGUUUGCGUUGGCACAGUUGUAGCUGUUCUGUAGGGAACAGUAUUAUGUCCAUGAGAAACAGUAUCAUUCUUUAACCAUAAGUGAAAGAUCUGUGGCUCUGUAAUAGACUGUUCAGAUAUGAAUUGAACUCAGUUAUAUGAUAUUCUUAUAAAAAAAAAUAUUUUUGCUAGCUGAUUUGUUAUUUGUCAUGUUUUUGGGGUCUGUUAGACAAAUAAUGGGAACCCCCUGUAGUUACUUCCAUGGUGGUGAAUUGUGUUCUGAUGGUGUUUGAUUCACUCAUCACCAUUGGUGGCACUUACCUCCAAGAUGGUGAAUAGUGCACUGCUGGUGGUUGAGUCUCAUCACCAGUGGUGGCACUCACCUCCAGGAUGAUUUGUUCAAAUUGACAAAAUAUUGUCCAGUUAUAUUCUAAAAAUUUAUUCAUAAUUUUAGUUAUUUAUUUAUGGGAAUGAGUUAAUUUUAGUUAUUCUUUACAUCAGUUAUUACAUGGAAUUAUGUGCAGUGAACUAUCCCAAUGCAUUAAGGCAGGCAGAGGAGGAACAGUGAUUGCCUGUGCAAGGGUGUCAUCCACCUCUGGCUGCAUUGGGAUGGCCAGGGCAUCCCAGCAUAUGUGUGGCUGUUACCUGCCAUGGAAUGUUGCUUGUUGCAUUCCAUAUAUUAUAUGCACAACUGUUAGCGACCACAACACAUGCCACCUAAUUGGGGAUGUCACUGGUGACAACUUUUCGAUCUACUUAGCUGUAAUUUUUUAUGCAAACUAUUCUUCCUAGAGUAGGUAGGUUGCAGUGUCUUGAGAAGUGGUUUUAUUGUGUGUGUGUGUGUGUGUGUGUGUGUGUGUGUGUGUGUAAUUCACCACAGCCUGAUCACGAGCAGGACUCGCCAUCUCCAGCAAGUACCCUCCCAGUAAGAGCAAGACUCAUUAUAGUUGAUCUCUGGGUACUGCCAGGAACUUUACACAUCAUAACUCAAUCCCCUUUGCUCAAGGGGGGACAGUAACCACUCCUUGUCAGCGGAAAAAUCCCCACCAGAUCGGGGCUCGAACCUCCGCCUGCCAGGCCACAAAGUCUGGCAGUGCAGAGCUUUAACCAUUGAGCUAUGGAGCAGUGGGUGUGGUGUAGGCAUGGGUGGGUGGGUGGGUGCGUAUUUACCUAGUUGUAGUAUACAGGGCCUGAGCUACACUCACUUGGUCCCAUCUCCAUAUCAACAGUUGCCCAUUCUUUCCUUAAACUGUCUGACACUCUUUGCCAUUACAUCUUCCCUUAAUCCAUUCCACACAUCCACCACUCUACAUGGAAAGCUGAAUUUCUUGACACUAUGAAACCCAUCCACUGCUACUGGCACAGAUUUGGCUUUCACUGGUAUCCUGGUAACAUAUACUAACAGGUCAUUCUCUGCCUCUGUGGUGGAUAGUGGAGUGUUUCCCAUGUGGUAUUGGUAUGCUGGAUAUCCCCUCCCAAGGUGCAUGACUUUACAUUUUUCUCCAUUGAAUUGUAGCAGCCACUUUUUGCUCCAUCCCUGUAGCUUGGUGAUGUCCUCUUGUAGGAAAUCCACAGUAAAAGAGCUAAGCACCUUCCUUUCAUCAACUUUCUAAUGUGUCCUCUUAGUUAUCUUGCUCGUUGCUCUCUUGUUAAUAGCCGAUCCUGUCUGUCUGUCUCUUCAAGACCACUCAUUAAUUUAUAUAUUGUAAUUAGAUCUUCUCUUACUCUUUCUUUCAAAGUUGUGAAAUUCACUUUCUGCAAUCUGUCUUCAGAAGUGAAAUCAUUAGUUCUGAAACCUGUUAUUGCUAUCUUUGUAUUCUUUCUAAUAUCCUUAUAUGUUUCUUUUUAUGUGGUUGCCAUACUACUACAUACUCAAAUUUUGGUCUGAUCACUGAAGUAAUUAGCUUCAUCAUGGCCUUGCAUAGGUGUGUGUGUGUGUGUGUAUGUGUGUGUGUGUGUGUGUUAAUUGUGUGUGUGUGUUGUCAGGGAGGGGGGGGGCACAUUGUAAGGAACAGCUUCAAGCCUUCCAUAUAAGGAUGAACUGGAGCACAUGCACAAAACCACAAAAGAGAAAUGAGGCAGAUGAGAGGAGCUGCCCAAAAAACAUUCAUGACUGAUAAAAGUGCACAAAAGAAAGAAAUUAAAAUCAAAUUUUAAAUUUGAAUUUUGAAGUGUUAGAUAUAUGAGGUAGUGUUCAUGGGGUGUAAUGGAAAUGGUGAGGUGCAUCUCUUUUAGUGGUUUGUAGGCAUACUUUUACAGAGAAAGAGAAGGAAAGAAAUAGUUAUAUAUGUUACCAGCCAUGGGUGGGAGUAAGUGUAAACAUAAUCUGUUUGGUGCUGAGAUAAGGGUCAAAGAGUGUGUGAAGGAUAAAUAUGAAAAAUAAAUGAGAAUACUACAUGAAGCUAAGAAAGACUGCAAGGCUGUGCAUUUCUUUGGUGGUUUAAGGUAUCACACGUGAAGUGGAUGACUGCUUGUGAUGUAAUGAUUGUGGACUGAGACUGAUGGUAUUCUGCGUAUUCACUUAUGAUGCACCUGUGUAUGUCAGAUUUGUACUUAGCACAACAUAGUUAAAUGUUUUGAGUGUACAAUAUUGAAAUGUGUUGUAUUAACUGUUGAAAAUGAGUUUUGCCAAAACCUUUUUAAAAGUGAAAUUUGAACUGAUCAUGUUUGAAAACUUGUUUUAUGAGAUGUGUACCGUUUCUUUUUGGUGUGAUAGAUAAUUUUUACAGAAAUUGCAAGUAAUAAACAGGGCAACAAAAAGCAAAGGUUGUUCCACAAGAAUAUAGCAGAGGAACAAAAAUCAAGUUUUGAGAGCAUGUUUUAUUAAUGUAUUAAAGUACCAUUGUAUGUUUACCUCAUUGUGGCUCAGUGGUCCUUAGUGUUUGUGGAACUGUGCCACCCUGUCACACUGUGCUGUGUCAGUGUCACACUGUACUGCUUCCUUACCCUCCUAACCUGACAGGAGGUGUAUUAUUAUAUAAAGAUAUUGUUAUAAUUGUUAAUAUUUUAUUGUGUAUUUAUUUAUUUAUUAUUAAUAUUUUCUUUUUAGCCUUUUAGUGACAGCUGUUGUGUUCAUAGAAUGGUCUUGAAGCAAUGUAAAAAGCAUAUUUUCUAUGAUAUGAAGUAUUUAACUCACUGGAUGCAGCGGUAAAAUCCAAAUUAUAUGUUAUGUAAUAGUCACACUAAAGGGUGUGAAAAUAUAGUUAGUUAUGUGAGCUCCUGGCAGGAAACAGUACUCCAGGCGGAGGCGAGGGAGGACAGGCCAAUUGCCGCUUUCUUCACAUUUUCUUUCUUCCUCACGUGGCUGACUGUCAUUAAUUUGAAUUGUUCUUCACAGUGAAAUAAUUUAGACAGCAUACACUUGUCCUCCCAUGUUUAUGGGUUCACUACUCAUGGAUUUGCACUUUCCCUGAAUUUCCCCACACAAAGGUGGCUGCAAGGAAAUUUUCAGUGCCAUGAAACAUUCACGGUCCACACAUGGAUUUUGUGCCCCAAACUUUUAGAUUCUAAUAACUAUAUACUGUCAUGCUCUGCCCCACAUCAUUAAUUGGUUCCAAAAGCUGUGACAUAACCUGUUUUUUUUACAUAAAUUGGACUUGAUGCCUUAAAAAUUCAACUUUACACCACUGUUCUGGGGUAAAGUUUUGUUCAGUGAGCAGCAUUAUGUCUGACUUUAUGCCACUCAGCAACACAGCCUACACCAAAAUAAAAGUACCUAAGGACAGUCAAUCAAAGAGCAACAACAAAAAAAAAAAGAUGGAAAUAUAGAAAAAGCACAUGUGAGUCACUCCUGAACCCUCGUUAGCGUACAAGAGAAACAGGGCUGCACAUUGGUCAAUUAUACCCCACUGAAUAUACACACAGGGAAUAGUUGCAUUAACUUUUCAAAUUCACCAAUAGCUUAAGCACCAGGGCCCAUACUUAUAAAGAAAUGAGGCGUUUGACUUAAGUCUCUCCAAAGUGACAAGUUUUCAACCUAGCUGGGGUUCCAGCCACCAAUGGUAGUGGGGAACGUAAAGUUGCCAACAACGGCAAGUUAGCUCAAAACAUCAGUUAUUUCAUAUGAAAAUUAAUGGGUAAGAAUGCCUUAAAAUGGUGAAAGUAUUAAAUAAAAAUAAAAGUACAUCAUAUCCAUUAUAAUAGGGUUUUAUAAGGCUAUAGUGAGCGUUUGAAUGUAAAAUGGUUUUGAUGGGGCACACUGGCUGUCUGGCAAUACCUGGCAAUGUUUACAUUUGAAGGUCGAUGCCUCAGCUGAAGACCCAGGGCUUAUGCCUGCCCGGGACCAACUUUAGCUACUCGCGCCAAGUCUCAGAUUAACACCUGGGAUAUAAGACUCCACAGGGCCAGUUUGGGCUCUUAACCCCUUGACUGUGGAUUUCCUACAAGAAGACAUCACUAAGCUACAGGAAUGGAACAAAAAGUGACUGCUACAAUUCAAUGAAGAAAAAUGUAGUCAUGUACCUUGGUAGAAGAAAUCCAGCAUACCAAUACCAAAUGGGAAACACUCCACUAUCCACCACAGAGGCAGAGAAAGACCUGGGAAUAUGUUACCAAGCUAUCAGUGAAGGCGAAAUCCAUGCCAAUCGCAGCGGACGGGUUAACCCUCAAACACAGGCUUAUUUUGCCGGGCCUGUCCUCCCACGCGGGCAUAUUCAGGCAAAAACAUACCUCACUUCAACCUUUCAAACCUUCACUCCUACUUAACUCACAUAACUGAAUGAAGUAUCAUUGUAAAGUACAUAUCAUUACUUGUUUUUUGACAUUAAGUUGAAGACUAUAUGACCUUUGGUAGAGCUAGUACGAAAUAUUGAAGUAGAAUCACCAAGCACAUUUUUAUAGACAGUUUUCCACCCCGAUUGGACAUCCCUUCUAUGAUUUAGUAAUAAAGCAGCAUAACUUUUAUACACUUUAUGUGAACCACACUCAAAACAACUUAACUUCCAGGCCUUCUUGAUGCCCUUGAUGGGUGUUGAGGUCGAAGGGCAUUCAUCUUGUGGAUGAAAUGCACUGAAAGGUGAGAAGAGGUGGGAUGUCUAGUGGACAUCUUCUCAAAGCUAAAACAAGGCAUACACAGGCCAAUGAUUAGCCAAGAGAGCAUGAUUGGGUAUUUGAAAGAAAACAACAUGCUUCCACUACUAAAGCAUAAACAAAUUAAAUUUUACGGCGUGCUAAGUCAAAAAUGCCUAGUCAACUAUUGUCGACACCCGCGGUUUGAGCCCAGGCACCAGCUGUCGACUGUUGUCGACACCCGCGCUUUGAGGGUUAAACAAGCCAGAGACGAAGUGUUAGCUUUAUAAGUAUGGGCCCAGAUGCAACUCAUAACUUACUCACUCAAAACUAGCUUUUCCAACACGCAUGACUUGGCUCAUACUUUGUUUUGCUUACAAUCACUGCCACCGUCUCUGCCUCACUGCUGCCACCUCACCCUUGCUGCCUCAUUGCAAGCGUUAUUUUUAUUUUUUAAUGACUUACUUUUGCAAUGAGUCAGCAAGGGCAAGGUAGUGAGGGCGCUGGUGCUUGUAAAGAAAGCAAAGUAUGAAGUGUGCCAUGCAUAUCAGGAAAGCUAGUUUUGGGUGAGUGAGCGGGGUAUUACUGUUUGUAAUAAGUUUACAUAAUUUACAGUACAGUGUAUAGUACACAUAGCUGAUGAAUAAUGAUAUUUAUGAUAUUUAUGGUGCUUUUACUCAACAGAAAUGCUUUAUUAGGUACAGUUUAUGUGUAAAAUUGCUCUCAUUGUUUUUUCAGUUCUAGAGGCUUUUUGAGUGGACACUCCAAACAUUUAUGGAAAUUCUCUUUGUUGGGGUCCAUGCCCCCUAAUCCCUAAAAAUAAUUGGGGACAGGUGUAUACUUUACUCACUUUUACUCUUCAGAGCUUGAUAGGGAUGCUGGAAGGUUUUGUAAGGAUUGUGAGACAAAAGGCCAGUCAAUGGCAAUGAGGGUGAAUGAUGCGGCAAUGAAGGCAGGUUGUGUGAGAGUGGGAAUGAUAAAUCAGGAUGUGGGGAAACAGGAGAGUCAGGUGAAAAUGUAGGAAAUUUUGGUAAAGCAUGAUUGUGAGAAAAUGAGGAAGGGUGGUGUGGUGAUAGAUUAGGUGAGGCAGAGUGUUGUGCUGAAGAAUUAAGGGAAGAUGGGUGUUGUGGUGAGGAAUGAGGGGAAUGAGAACAGUGUGACCACAUGCUUCACCCCCCAAACAAGUCACAUGACAUGCCUAACGCAUACCCUUUUUACCUGCACUUGCAAGGGAAGCCCCUUUGAGGAUAAUAGAGUGCAGUUCUGAUGAAGUGACAUCAUCAUUCUCUACGUCAUAGACUCUAAUAACCACAGUGACAUGAUCUUCUUGAUGUGAAUAUAACCCACUGUGAUAGGUAAAAUAUGUGUAUUUUACCAAACCAUUUCAGUGGUCACUGCCACCUUCUUCAGUGGUGUGAAGGAAAAAACAUAAGGAAAGUACAGAUCUUUUAUAUAAUGAUGAACGAGUAAACCUGAGGAGGGGCAGGGAGGGGUGGGCGAACCCUUAUCCGACAGGUCACAUAAUGGGAGAAUCAUUUCACCUCCCCUGUCCCAUGCUGCGAUUGACAGAUGGCGGGAUUGAAGGGGCUGGGAAGAGAUUCUCCACUAUUUUUGUUACCUCAUUACUGGAUGUACCUUGAAAAAUUAUUUUGGGAUGAAGGCCAAAACAUAAAAAUGUUGAUGUAACAGAACCAGAUCAGUUGAGAAGGUGAAAUACUAGGCACUCCUUCAAACCACUGAAGAUGGCAGUAGCAUCCAUUGAAACUGUUCAGUAAAAUAUACAUCUUUCAUCUGCCAGAGUGGCUUUUAUUCACUCUACAUUACUCCCGCUACUGCUGUCACUGCUUGCAGUGUAUUAUCACUGCUGUCAUUAUACUCAGAAUAAUCUUCACUUUCUGUCCUGUUCUUCCCUCAACUCAUCAAUGUGUUUUCCUAUAUUUUCUUAAGAGGUGCUUAAUGUGGGUUUCAUUGUGACUCAGUCAGGACUAACGACAUUAUCUCAAAUCCAUGAGUGUCAGAUAUUCUGUCAUACAGGACAAGUGAUAGAAGCUGCAAAAUUUGAGCCAAAUAUUCAAAAUUAGUGGUGUGUAAGAGUCUGAUCAUAUCAUUGUUGGCCAGCUGAGCAGACCACGGAGGAUUUGAUGAAAUCAAUGAUAGCCAUCAUGCUCAUGGCACUGUCUGACUUUCAUCUGGGUUUUUGAUGUUAUGGCUGGACAGCUGUUUAUUGUGGCACCUCCAGAAUUCUACUUAGGCUGGACAGCUGUUUAUUGUGGCACCUCCAGAAUUCUACUUAUUCAGAAUUGCUACCAAGUUAAGAGUUGGUGAGCUGCUAGUGACCCUGGACUACCCAACAACAGGAGUAAAUAAUCAGCUGCUAGCAGAACUCAACACGAUCUCAUACCCACCAACUACUCACCCACCGUCUUCCUCAAGCCAAAAACUAUGUAUCCUAUUGAAAAGUGCAAAAGACUACUUACAAAGCACUUGCUGUGUUGAUCUGUGCCCUAUACUCAUCUGUUUAUGGGAGUACUCUCACUCUGGAAUACCUAGCUGACUGUGACAUUCAGGUCAUGACAGUUUACCUUCCCUAUCUUGUUGGGUAGAUAGCAGGGCAGGUUGAAUGGCUAGGUGGUGUGUGUGCUCACCUGUUCCAAUCAGACUGGUUGAGAUGCUGCUUAUUUAGUUCUUAUCCACAUUGCAUAAAUAUAUAUAUUUUUAUACUAAGUUGGAUAUUCCAAGUGUAAUCAAUGUGUUGUGGGCCCCAGUCUUUCAGAGGUUAAGAACCACUGAUCCAAAAAGGAUUUCCUCAAGUGUAUUUAUCUUCAAGCACCAUGAAAGAACUGAGUAAAUGGUUCUCAGGAGCUGUCAUGUGUAAGCCAACUGGCCUAUUUAGUCUUUUUGUAUGUUUAUCUUUGUGUAGCCAGUCAUGGAUGCACCCAAACCAGAGAAUGUAUUCACAACCAACAAAGGGCUAGGCAAUGAGUGAACAAAUAUGUUGGUACAUGCAGUGCACUUUAUUAGCACAAACUGUUGCACAACCAUUUGUGCAUUACCUCAACCUCUUGUUGGCCGAGGGCAACACAGCACACAGCAGAAGCACCCUUAUUACUCAGAUAAAGGCUGAGGCCACCUGCAUCAUGGGACUACUGCUUUUAGAUUCCUUUCAUAAGUGUGCAGAGUUGUGUUUUCCUCCAUGUGGUAAUUUUGUUUAUUCUCCAUUAGCCUCCCAUUUCGACCACAAGUAGCACAUUACUAAUGAAACAGAGGGGAGGUACUGGAUAUCCAGGUAGUGGUCACACAUGUUCUGAUCAUCAUUUCUGUGAUUAACGUGUGCAUGAGUGUUUUGGAUGAUUUCUGUAUUUAUAAAUUCCUACAAUGCAAAUUUGUAGAAUGAUUUUGAUUUGUUGCACUUCACAUUAGGAUUUUCCAAGCAAAAUCAUUAUAAAUGAUUAUGUGCAAAGAAAACCUUUCUGCCACUCUAGAGUAAUGGAUGUCAAUCAAUUUAUCAAGAUUGAAAAGCUCAUAAGCCUGUCAGGAAGUCAGUCAGCUAGUCCUGAGUGAUGGAUGUGAUAUAGUAGCACCUUCCCUAAAUGAGGGCUGUGGUGGGAUCAGGGCAGGACAACACCUGUGACCAGCCUUGCCAGGCCUCCCAAACCCACCAUGUGUAACUUCUGUGAUAUAUGAAAAAGGCAUCACAAAUGAUAAAAUACACACCAAUACAAGUUUAACAUAAAUAUUAUGAUAUAUCAAAGAAAUAUAAACUAGUUAUGCUUAUGAUAUUUUUACAGCAACAAAGAAACGUGGCAUACAUAUUUUACAGUGGUGCUAAGAAAAUGUUAUUACUUUUAUUGACUUUUGCCGCAGUUUUAAGGUGGUUAAGGAAUGUAACAAUUAUGUUUAUAAGAUAGUGUGAAGGAAUAUAAAUACAGUCACCUCUCGAUUAACACGAGGGUUACGUUCCUGGAGAUGUCACGUUAUUAAAAAUCACGUUAUUUAAACAUAGUUUUCCCAUAGGAAAUAAUGGUAAUAGCAGGGGUUACGUUCCUGGACACUGGGAAAGUCUGCCUAUUUUGGGGAUUUUGUUACUCUGACCUUAAAAAACAUUAUUAAUACAUUAGUAGGUCAUGGAAACAACAAAAACACACAUUCUCAUUUUAUUUAAAUUUGUUCUUCACCUGCGUCGGCCACCGUCCCUCAUCCCGUGCUCCCGUCAUCAGUCGCUCCCUUCACCUCCGCCACUCCACCUCACUUGCCUCCUUCCUCUUCCUUGGACUACCCAUGCUAUUGGUGACAAAGAUAACUCCUUUAAGUUAAAGUUUUCUAAAGAAAGAAUUGCUACAUUACAUUUGUAAGUCACUGACACAACAAAAUCAUGUCCUCACACUCACCAUCACUUUGCACUGGUCGUCGUCGUCGCCGUCUGCCGAAUCCUCACCCCGCUUCAAUGUUGCCAUAUUGUCGUACUCAGCCGCUUAUAUUUCCCGACUUCCUACCCCCAAACUGUCUUCUGGGCUCCAGUAACGAAAGUAAUUUAUAGUUAUCGUUAAAAGAGUUAGAUUCUGAUGUUUCUUGGCAAUAGUUAGGCGUCAGAAACCAGUAAAUACAAUGCUCUGAGUACAAUAAUCUGGCAAUGGUGCCCUGCUCUCCCUCCUCCCUCCUCACCCUGUCCUUCCACCUCCUGUGAGGAGGUGGAAGGAUGCUUGGGUGCCAUAGUAGAGGUCAAAAUGUAGUGUAUGUAUUCUAGAGAAACGUUUCACUCACAGUGCCAGCUAGCUUCAGACUGAGGAGAUAGACAGUGUCUCCGCACGGUGACGUCAUCGAUGAAACUCGUGUUAAAUCGAUAGGUGUUGCUCCCCCUUGACCGCACCCUGGCCCUCAUUUAGGAGUGGCACUACUAUAGACUGUCAGUCAGUCAGGUAGUGCCAGGUGAGAGGGAUGGCAGUGAGGGACUUUCCAAAAUCCAUGUAAGGAGGGGGCAGCACUGAGCAAUCUGAUUCCUCAUUGUAAAGGAGACUGAAAUGUAAUACCUCUUAUUUGGUUCUCUAAAAAAGCUGUGAGGCAAAGUACAAUGUUAUCCUAUUCAAAUAAUGUAUACAAACUACCAAAGAAGAAAGAUAACUGGUCAUUUCAGUUUAUAUCUUGCAGAACAGUCAUUCUGCUGCAAACCUGGCAGCAUUGAUUUUUGCUUGACAUCUGUAUAAAUAUGGUGCAAAGGUGAGUGAAAUCAGGCUUCUAGUGAUAUGUGACCAUUUUAGUGAAUUAACUAAUGUCAGCUUCUCUGGGCGAAAAUAUAUUCAGAACAAAUGUUGGUACUUGGUAGCCCAGAGAAGGUCCAAUACACAAGAUUACGUUGUGUUUACAAAGCCAAGACCUGUCCACAAAGACAGGAUACAAUCACACACAAAAAGAAAGUACUCUGCCAUCACAGACACAGACGGUAUAAACAGUGUUUUUUAUUGCUGAACCAGUCCGUUCUUUCAUGUCAGGAAAGGGCAGGACUGUUUCUCGAUUACUAAGCACCAUCAUUGAUAUUUAAUAUAUUUUCACCAAAACUCAAAUUUGACACAACUGAUACAUGUACAUAGUAACUCCUGGGCUAUAGGUUUAUGUUUUUGUGACUCCCACACAUGACUGGCUUUUUUAGUAGGUACUGAAUGCUAAAUUUAUUUUCUUCAUCGCUCAGUGUCUCCAAUACUAUCACUGAUCAAAUUCAUUUUAAUCUCAUUAGAUUUGACUUACCUUGUACUUGACGAUGAUUGAUGUUGCAAAAUUUAGCAUUAACUCAAAGCACAUAUGACCCAUUUUCUCUACAUUCACUGAAAUAUUCUGUUGUGAAAUGGCUUGUGUCAUAUAACUACACACCCGUAGCCUGUACACCCAUAGCCAUGACCAAGGCUGCUGCUGAUGAGUUAUAUAACUACACCCAUAGUCCGAGGAUUAAACCUGUAGAAUGGUCGCAUAUCACUGGGUCUGAUUUCACUCACAGGUGCACCAUCUUUUUAAAUAGACCACAAGUUGAAAUUUGACCUGCUAGGUCUGCAGCAGAAUUGCCUUGUCCUGCAAGAAUUAUAACAAGGUGACCAAUGCUUUCUUCUAUGCUAUACCUUCACAUGAAAUUAUAUCAAUGAAAUUUUGUAGUACUUUGGCGGAGAGCCCUUGCAGAGCAGAAACAAAAAUAUUUCAUAUCCAUGGUAUAGUGGUUAGUACACCUAACUAUGAAUCCAUGGGCAUGGGUUCAAAUCCCAGUCUGGGCAGACUGCACACAGGUCACCCAGCUGUUCAUCCUCCCUUUUGGGCUGGUAGAUAAAUGUGUACCUGGGGACAACUUUGGUAACCUAGAUAUUGCACUUGACCUGUGUCCUGAGGAGCACCAAGGCUACUUGCGGCUAUACUUUGUCUUAACUUCCUUGUAUUUCCAAUUUCAUGCUGAGGAACCAGAUACAGUGCUGCCCUUUAUGAAAACUCAGCUUAGAAAGUCUCUCAGUGUGGCAUAACCCUCAGGUGGGUAAGUGAUCCUUUUCUGCACUGCUUGCAUGGACAGCUGUUAAUGUUCACUCAGCUCUUGCACUGUGUGAGGCUCUGGAGAAUGUAUGGUGCAGAGUAUGAGAGUCUGGAGGGUAUAAAGUGUGGAGUGGAGUCUUUAGGACAGAGUGCAAAGAUGGAUUCUAGACAUGAGCAAAUGCAACUUGAGGACAUUUACUGUCAGUGAGGGGGUGAGAUAUGUUAACCAGAGUGAGCUGUAGCAGACCAUUAGAGAGUGGUAGUAGAUAAGGACAUACUAUAGUGGAAUUUUCAGCUCGGAGGGAAAUACGAACAUGGUGGUAUGAAGGGGACUGGACACUUAAGAGCAGUCUAAGAAAGAUGAUGGUGUCAUAUUAGGUGAGGCAGAAGGUGAUGUUAAGGUAUAUUACAUGAUGUGAUGGGGAAAGUUGGGGAUAGGAUGUUGCUGUAUUAAAUGAAGGGGGACAGUAAUGAUGUGUCUGUAAGAUGAUGUGAGGAAACUGUGGCAGUAUUGUGUGUUGAAUCAUGUGUGGGCAGAGUGUGUUGAGGUGUUAUGAGAGGGUGAAGGGUAGUGAGAGGAUAUGUAUUGGAUCACGGUGGGGUGGAGGGGGGUGUUGCUGUGUGUUCAAUGAUGUCAGGGGGGAGGGAGGUGGUGUGCUCAGGUACUAUGUGAGGGGGGAGGGGGUGGAAGAGCUGUCUUUUUAGGAUGGUGUGAAGGGCAUAGCUGGGCACGAUAACAAAAAACCUUAUUCCCGAUACCUAAUAAUUGAUAAUGGAAAACCUUAUCGGUGAUAACCGAUAUUCGUUAACUGGAGACACAAAUAUAGGCGAUAACCAAUAACCGAUACCCGAUAUAAAUCCACAAUUCCGAUACUAGCUAGUGAUAAGUCCAAUAGGCGAAAAAGAUACUAUGUUGAUAUUUCAAAUAAAAAACAUAGAUGAAUUCAAAUUUUCAUUUUCUGUAUUUUAGAAAAGUUACAAAACCUGAAAACCACACGUUGACACGUACAUAUGGACGGUAACACUAGAAACGCCUGAACCAGUGUUGUGUUAUUUGCCAUCCCCAUCGUCAAAAGCUGGCGCUUUUGUUUACAAACACUGGUCUCGUGAACUGGCCCAUCACUACUUAUUCAGUUAUUCUUACUUAUCACCAUUAACACUAACAGUCACGUCAGUAAAGAAGCACUGAAGCACUGGGAACCGGAACACUGGCACUCACUCCAUCACUCAAGACGCAGCUGAGAGGCCACGCACCACUCUGCCACGUGAUAACACAAGCCGCUGGUCUCUGUUUGCGCUCUUUACAAUGGGAUCACAAAUUUCAGGCAGUGAAUAAUCAUUUUCUGGGCAAAGUUAAAUGAUUUUUCUCUUUGAUGUAGUGACUAUUGAGUAACAUAAAAAAAAUAACCUAGUGUUUUAAUGUUGUUGAUCUAAGUAUGAAAUCUCUUCACCGAAGAUAUUUCAUACCCCGAAGUUUUUCAUACAACACCGGGCGCCCGGGCUACGCAUGCACAGUAGAGAGGAGACAACGUUUUUUUUUUUUGUUUUUUUUUUUUUCCAGAGGCAGAAAAAGUAGCAAUUAUCGCUAGUUUGGUUACAAAAGUAACGAAGAUACCGAUAUAUAUAUAUAUAUAUAUAUAUAGAUAUAUAUAUAUAUAUAUAUAUAUAUAUAUAUAUAUAUAUAUAUAUAUAUAUAUAUAUAAAUAAGUAGCGGAUGGCCGAUAACCCGAUUUUGUUAUCAGCGAUAAAGUAUCGUGAUAACUUAUUGCGAUAACGCCCAGCUAUGGUGAAGGGGAAGUUGAUGAUAAGGUGUGUGCUGGAUUAUAAUAUGAGGGAGUAGGGUGGUGGUGGGGUCUGUGUGUGAUUAUGUGGGGAGGGAGGUGGUAAAUUGUGUUUGUGUGUUUGUUCUCGGUGAAUCAAUAGUGUUGUGGCAUGAAGGGUUUGUGCACAAGGUAAGGUGUAUGCACUGUGAGAGGGAGGAGGUAUUUGAAGCCCAGAGGUGAGGUGGGAACCCUCAUUGUUGGUUCAUCCUGGCUGGCUCCCCACAGAUCACUCAUGGACAAUCACCUGUGCCUUAUCAAAAGAUGCUUGCUUGUGUAUUGAUGUUUGAACAAGUUGAGUAUGAUAUAUAUUCUAUGUAUCGUUAGAAAAUAGAAUAUUUAAUGUAUUUGUGUACUAUAUGUUGAAGGUCAUUAGGAAGAAAGGAUGAUAGAUGAAUUGUCAUAUGUUGGGCACAAGUUUCAACAUCCCAAUGAGGAACAUACAGGUGGGACCCCAAGUAUGCAUCAGUGUGACCUGUGUGGGGCUACUGUGUUGACUGAUGUGUGCAGGUGACUGCACCAACACUGACCCUCUGAUGUGUAUGGCUGACCUCAGCAACAUCAUGACUUGAGUUGGUGCUGGUGACAGUUGGAAUGGCUGGCUGGGAUGUAGGUGGAGUGAAUGAUCAGCACUUGGCAGCCACUUGCCCCAUACAGCCUGGCCAGCGAGCAGCCACCCAGCAAGGAGUGAGUGGUGAGUGUCAGGAUCAUGAACAUUAUGGGUAUUUACUUGUGUGUUGUUGUCAUGUGUCCUGACCACCACAUCAACCUGUGUGUGUGUGUGUGUGUGUGUGUGUGUGUGUAUGAAAUGGGUCAAACUAGUUCCAAUCUGAUUCAGUGUGUGUUGUGUUUUAAUGUUGUGUGGUGUAGCUUUCAUUCAUACAUAGUACAUUUUAUUUCCUCGAUGAAAUGAUUUUUAUUACUUACCUAUCAGUAUUGGGAAAAAGAUAGUGAGUAGGGAAUGUUUUGUAAGGAGUGGUUUGUGUUUAAUGUCCUUGACUCAGUAAAGCUGGUGUUGCCUGUUCACACUGAGUUAGUUGGUGAACUUGACUGCAUUCCUCCCAACAGCAAGUGGUCAAUUGUGUUGUCCUAUCCUGCAGCAAACAGUCAUACUGGGUGUGGGAGGAGCAAGAAGAGGUAUGGAUAGAGCAGGAGGAGCUUUACUGUCAAAUAAAGAGGUUUUUGUACAAACUGUACAUGUACAACUUCUUUGGGCCCCUUUGUGUAUAAGAGACUAUUAUUUGUCAGUCAAGAACAUGAUGAAGCCUUGAUUAUUCUGUAUUUUAAGAUAUCUAGUUACCCAAUGUAAAAUGCAUAAUUGGUUAUGUAAUGGGGCCUUAAAACAUAAUGGAUGUUUUUAUGAAGAGUCACUCUAGAGUGAAAGUCAACCCCCCAAGGCUAGGAUGUGUUUGAUUGUUGAAUAAUAUGUUUAAGAAAGCCAAUAUCCAUGUUAACCCCCCUGAACUUGGUCUUGAGAAAAAUUAUUUAAAAAAUUGACUUUUACACAAGUACAGUGGGACCCUGUGUCUAGCAAUAUUAAGAUUGAAAAAACAUCACUAGUUCUGAAACCACUAAUUUGGGGGCAAACUUCAUAUAGUUAAAAAAAAAAAAAAACAUUUAAAAGUUGAUUUUUUUAUACUUAUUUCACUUGCUUUAAACAGCCAAAACUUACAUGUGUAUGUAAAUAUAACCACUAAUAAGGAAAGACAACAAAAAACACCUAUAAAUGCUUUGAAUGUGCUCUGUAUUGAAUAAUGAAGUUGGCAUAACUGAGAGCUUGCACAAUUGUUACCCUUGCACAACCAGACACACAGCAGCCUCCCACUGCAAUCCAUUCCUCUCUCAUUGCAGCAGUUCAUGAUCUUUAAACCCAGUAAGGUCUUCAGGGUUAAACCAGGCUGAGUUGGCUGUAGGAGAACUAUCACACAACGGGAUAUUGAAUCAGCUUAGCAGAACAAAAAUGGCAUCCCACGCAACAUAUCAGUCCCCCACAAUAUUCCUGCAGCAGGUCACAUAAUUACCCUUUAAGCAGCAAUCAUAGUUGAACGAAUCACUCACAGAAGGCAAGAAGAUGCAGAAGAGGUGACAUUGGCCACUCUCAUAUUACUAGUAUUUACUACAUCUCCUUUGUUUACAAACUCUGGUUCCACCCUACACAACCCUCAAGCCGUUCAGCUAAUGCCACACCAUCAUGGCACAAAUUGUUACCCAAGUCGUCCAAAGUUACAUGUCUUAAUAGGUCAACAGAAUGCAAGUCUUUAUUUAUGGUGCUUAGGUUUAGGUAAUGGAUACAGCAGAAGGAUCACCCCUUUCCUUUACUUUGGUUCAACCACCCAAUUCGCAUAUUUUCUCUGUUUCCGCAGCUUUGAUCGUUAGUUAUGAAACUUAGGAGUGUUUCUAUCUUAUCGUUGGACUUGAAAUCACUAGUCUCGGGGAUUAUAUUUCAUAACAUAAUUUCCUUUCCGAACAAAUAUACUUAUUUGUUAAGUUAAAGGUUCUUCUCUUUUGGCUACUUAUCGAAAAUUUGCUUAUUUUUAUAAUGUGACCAUUUUCAUAGAGAAUGUGUUGUGGCUCAGUGUUCAUGUUGAGAAUAAAAAUAAUGAUAGUAU